AUGUCGUCGAAUGACACUGUAACAUCAUUCACAAUAUCAACAUUACAAUUUUUAUCCCAACACGUUAUUAUACAUUUACCAAUAAUAUUAAUAGUUUUUGGUAAUAUAGGAUGUUUGUGUAAUUACAUCACAUUUUUACAGAGGCCAUUACGUUCUAAUACAUGUUCACUCUAUUCAUUAAGUGGAUCAACUGCUGAUUUUCUUGUUUUGAAUGGUAACCUAUUACAAACUUAUCUAGGUUCAGUUUUUCAGUUGGGCAUUAAUUAUUUUGCUGGCACAAGAUUCUUGUGUAAAUUCUACCUUUAUUUACUUGUUGUAUUACCGCAAUUGUCAACAACAUUUUUAUUAUUAUCUCUAAUUGAUCGUUAUGCAUGUAGUUGUCCAUUACAAUCAAAAAUACGAAAAAUAAAUCAAUUUCAAUACGCGAGAUAUUUAGUUGUUGUUGGAAUUCUUUAUAGUAUGAUUGUAUCAGCACAUGCACCUAUACUCUAUGAUAUCACUUAUGGAUUUUGUUUUGUAACACAAUCAUUACUCAAUUCAAUACUAUAUAUUAUAUUUAGUGGUCUGUUAGAACCAUUCUUAAUGUUAAUUAUGUUCUUCAAGACGUAUAAAAAUGUUUUACAGAGUCGACAAAGAAUUGGUGUUCAAACGUCAUUGCCGUCUUCUUCAACAACAAAUAGAUUGAAUCGUAUCAAUAAUCAAUUUAUAAUGAUGGUUUUAUUACAAGUUGCUGUAACAACCCUAUUAUCAUUACAAUGGAUUAUUUUUUACACAUAUUCAACGGCAACAAUCUAUGUUCCACGAAGUGUUGAACGUCAGACCAUUGAAGGAUUUGUAUAUACUUUAACAAAUACAAUUUAUUAUAUAAAUAAUACAAACUCUGUAUCUCUACUACUCUACUAA